CUUUACGUCAUCUAUGUCGUUGUUUUGGUUUUUCAGCUGAGAAGAAGGGGAGAAGAGGAACGUCGACUGUGACCCCGAUUUUCUCCGAUUUAUCUGCGUUCAAGAGGAUAAACAUGCGCAAUGACUUCUGGACUGGAGUCUAUGAAGAAGAAGGUGUACCACGCAGCAAAGGAAGGACUCUCGAUAUCCUUGUAUGCUCACCUCUCUGUCACGCCCCGGGAGGAAUGUCAGGAGCUGUUAGGACAGGUUGUGGAAGAAGAUGGCCAGAAAUGUACUCCACUGUUGAUAUCAGCUCGGAACGGCCAUGAAAAGGCAGUGAGAACUCUCUUAAAGUUUACUCCUGAUCUUGAGCAAGAGGGAACUGUCAAAUUUGACGGCUAUGUAAUUGAAGGGGCAAGUCCGCUUUGGUGUGCUGCAGGUGCAGGUCAUCUAGGAGUAGUGAAAAUGCUGGUGCGAAAUGGGGCAGAUGUGAACCACCCAACGAAAACAAACUCAACCCCUCUUAGAGCCGCAUGCUUUGAUGGACGCUUAGACAUUGUGAAGUACCUGACAGAUCAUUGUGCUAAUAUUCAUAUAACUAAUAAAUACAACAACACUUGCUUGAUGAUAGCAGCUUAUAAAGGGCAUGUUGAUGUUGUACAGUUUUUGUUAGAACUUGGUGCAAACCCGGAUGAAAAGGCCCACUGUGGUGCGACAGCCCUCCACUUUGCGGCUGAGUGUGGGCAUGUGAAGAUUGUGAAAGAACUAUUGGCGCACGGAGCUAAAAUUACCAAAAAUGAACAUGGCAUGACUCCCCUAAUUGCUGCGGCUGAGAGAACAAGAGCAGAUGUCGUUGAAUAUUUGAUAUCAAGACCUGACGUUACAAGAGAAGAAAAAGUGGAUGCUCUGGAGCUGCUCGGAGCAUCAUAUGCUAGUGAUAAAGACAAUUAUGAUAUAGAAUUAGCCUACAAAUACAUGAUGCUUGGUAUGAAGGAAAGAUAUAGUGAUGAAGACAAUAUUAUAAGAAAAACAAAAACUGAACCUGUGCCCGCAUAUGAAAAUCGUAUCGAGUGCGAAACAGUAGAAGAGCUGGAGGCCAUACUUCAUAUUCCGGCAACCCUUCAUAUGGAGAGCUUAGCCAUCAGAGAACGAAUUCUUGGCCCUCAUAAUCCUGAGGUUCCUCACCCAGUUAUAUUCAGAGGAGCUGUAUUUGCUGAUAAUGCUCGAUUUGAUCGGUGUUUACAGCUCUGGAUCCAUGCUUUAAGAUUAAAGCAGCUAAAUAAAGUGUGUGUUAUGAAGGAUCUCUUGAGAUUUGCACAGGUAUUCUCACAAAUGUUACAUGUUGGUGUGCAGCUAGAAUUUGAAGCUGUGCACGAAGUAUUAGAUGCCACGGUCAUAGAACUUCAAAGAAAUCAAGAAAAAAUUGAGUCUCCCGGUCCAAAGGAUGACGUAGAGACAAUAAAGGAUGAAAUGGAAAGCAACAUGAUAACUGCCCUGUACCUUAUCAUGAUUGCUGUCUGCGUGGCCAAAGGUCGGUCCACAUCUGCUCAACUCAACGGUGGCGGAAACGGUGGCAUUGGAAUCAAUAAUGGGAUUAGGGGAAUAAACGGGGGUGUUGGUCUUGUAGGUAUCGGGGUGGGGGCGCUGGAAGGUGGGGAUGCCAUUAGGCCUUCUUUGCAACAGAACAACCAGACUGUCGAAAAGGAAUCUCAAGUAUACCAGACAGUUUACAAUCUUGUGAGAGUGCAAGCCAGAACUAGGAGUGGACAGACACUUCUACACUUGGCUGUCAAUCCUGAUACUCCUGUAGAUGACUUUCACACAAACCAUAUCUGCAGAUUUCCAUGUGCAACAACUACAAAACUCCUUAUUGCAUGUGGUGCCGAUGUCAAUAGUAUGGAUAGCAACCGUAACACCCCCUUACACCUUAUUGUUCCUUACCAGAAGCCUAUAAGUGAUUUUUUGACUUUACACAAUAUCAUAAUGGCACUAAUAGAGAAUGGUGCUCACAUGGACACCGUCAACCAGAUGGGAGCAACGCCUUUUGAUUCUGCAACGACAGGUGUUGCAGAGAUCAUCCUUAGAACGCAGAAGAAACUGAGUCUCAAAUGUCUAGCGGCAAAAGUCAUCAAAGUCAAUAGCAUCCCCUACAAGGGUCAAGUUCCUCGUCUUCUUGAGGCUUUCAUUGAGCUACACGGCCCUGGCCAUGUUGAUGGACUAGCCACAAGGCCAAGCAAAAGCGAGCAUCAACUGUAAAAUCUGUUGUCCAAUAGUUUUACAAAAGUCUCCCCUUUUCUAUUGGGAGAAUGACCAGAAAUUAUGUAACCAACAGGCGAGCUAGGGUAUAACCUCUGUGCAUAGCAAGAAAGUAAUGUAUCGGUGAUCUUGCAUCUUGUAAACAGGGCUACAUGUCUAACCCCAUGAAAAGAAACAAGGCUUCAUUGCUAGUCGAAAGUACCAGAAGAGGCAGGAUUUGUAAAACUUUUGUAGCCUAUAUUGUGUAGAAUUAAUUGUCAGUACUCCAUUAGUUAAUAUAAACCCAAAGUGCUCUUUUAACCCAUGAUUAAGUUUAAUUAUAUCAUGAAGAACCAGGCCCAAAUGUUGGGAAAUGAUGGGAAGCAACCAAGCUACAUGUGGUUGAGUCUGCUCUUAGUUGUGUGCACUAAACAGGUAUUCGUUUGGUCUUAACUGUGGUCAUGGAGGAGAUAGUCCCCAUCAGAAGUGAGCAGGAUGUACAGUAUCUUUUUUCCCCAUAUUUCCCCCAAAAAAUAUGUAUACUGCUGUAAAAAGCAUAGAGUGUAUGUUAAUUAUACAUUUUUCAUGCUUCUAAUUUUUUACUCAAGCAGUUGAAAGCACACAAGUCCCAGUGUAUGGUGAAGGAUACCCUAUUAUGAAUGGAUUUAAAAAGCAUUUCGGGGAUUUGAAGCUAGUAUGUGAGUGGUUGGGGAGUUUAUAAACAGACUUGUGUAUGGACCAAACACAGUGGAUAUGGACCAAAUACAGUGGAAUGAAGUGUUUCAUCAUAGGCAGCAGUUCAUACCAAAUUGGAUUAUCAUAUCAUAUACAUAUCACUGACAAUUCCUGUGUUCAUAGCAUUAGAUAAUAGAUCAGAACAGAAUUAUAUGUGAGACUAAACACUGUUUACUUAAUAGUUCCAGCAUGAAAAUGACUUUCAUGAGAACCUGAAACUAUUGAGAAGUUCUGUUGGUAUGCCCUUGGUUUGUUGCUAUUCUCUAUUUGAAUAUAAAGUACAAUAACAUUCUUUCUACAAGUUAUAUCACUUGGGAUAAUUGAGAAGGGUGUACAAAGAUCUAGUGAAACAGAAAUAGAUAAGGGAAAACCUACACCUUUAUGCUAGGUGAUUACAUACAUGCAAUAUCUGCAGGAUAAAACAAGAACAGAAAGACAGAGAAAAACAACAAAUUGUGGAAAUAUUCUCAUAAUUAUAUCUCUUACUGCAAAACCUUAUAAUUUGUCUCUUUGCUUCUCACUUAAUGCUGAAGUUUAUAUAUGCUAAAUCUGCAUAAUCUGAAGUAAGUAUUUCUGCAAAUAUCAAAUGUUUCAUUACACAUAUUUUAUUUAAGAAACAUUCACUUUACAUGCAAGCAUUUUAUGAUUGUGAUAAUUCUGUCAUAUAAGUUAAAUGAGUAAGGCCUGCAUUUUUAUUCCUAAUAAGAACAUUGAGGGACAUGCUUUGUAUAGCUCACCAGACAUAUACAGCUAAACAAAGGAACAUACAGCCUUCGCAUAGACUGCAACAUACAGCCUUCACAUAGACUGCAACAUACAGCUUUACCUCUUAGGAGUUCAGAGUUACGUGUCAGAAUUUCUGCAUGAACCUCGAUGAGCUCUUUAAAUACAGCUACACAAAAUAAAUCGUGACUGUCUUAUUCUUUUACACAGAAAAACAUAUUUUGGAAGAAAUAUGAUUUGCUAUUUUUAGUGCACCACUGGGUCAACCUAAUUUCUUUAUUGCACAGUUCUGCAGUUAAUACUAGUACUCACUCAUAAUCAGAAUAUGAGAAUCUCCACAUUGGUAAAUAUUUCUUGCCGAAUUUACUGUAUAAAGGUUUUAUAACUAAUGGAGUUCUCACCAUCAUGUCUCACGUGCAGUACCAUAAAGUCCAUCUACAUUAUAAACAAAGUAUAAGUCUAGACCAGUGAGUUUAUAUUGAUGUGUUUAUAUUUAUAGACUUAAUGAGUAGCAUUACUUUAGCAUGCUGAAAUGACCCAAACUGUGCAUUGGUAUUUGUAAAGAUAUAUAUAUAGAUAUAUAUGUAUCUCAUGUAAAUAUUAUUUUUCUGUGAUUACAACAUAUUUAUUUAA